AUGAACCUUAAUUCGUUACCUUUUGUUCUCGAACAAAAUGAAGAACACGAUGAUCAACACCCCUCGAUAUUUGGUGCAAACCAUCAAAUUGCUUCACCAUCUUCACUCUCAAGCCAUUAUUUCUUCAACUCAACUCAAGAUCAUGCGGAAUACUAUCGCCAUCAAUUCUACCAACCUCAGAGGCAUCAAGAGGAUGUCAAUUAUGCCUAUGGUGGUGGAUCAUACAACAUUGAAAACAAAGAGGAUACUGGUCUUAAAUUAACUCUGUGGAAGAAGGAAAAUCCAUCUGAAAGUGUAUGGGAGAAUACUAAUAGUCCAGUUAAGUGGAUGUCAUCAGAGAUAAGAUUGAUGCACAUGAUGAAGAAUUCGGAUCGUGUUGAUCUAAAAUUAACUGAUAGUGGUACAAAUAAGUUUAAAAAUCAUCAGAAGCAGCCAUCCUCAUCUUUGGAAACUGAUUUAAGCAGCAACAGUUCUUCAAACAAAAAUAGCCCAAUUAGGGUUUGUGCUGAUUGUAACACAACCAAGACCCCCCUUUGGAGAAGUGGUCCCAAAGGUCCCAAGUCUCUCUGCAACGCCUGUGGGAUUAGGCAAAGAAAGGCGAGGCGAGCCAUGGCUGCAGCAGCUGCUGCUGAUGCUAACGUGAUGGCCAUUACGACUGAACCAUCCUCUAUGAAGAUCAAGGUUCACCACAAAGACAAGACUGGCAAAAAUGGACAUGCUGCACAACUAAAGAAGCAUUGCAAAAUCGCUGCAGGACCAUCCAAUGAUAAGAAGAAACUCGGCAUCGAGGAUUUCUUGAUAAAUUUGAGCAAGAAUUUGGCCUUUAACCGAGUAUUUCCACAAGAUGAGAAGGACGCUGCGAUCCUGCUAAUGGCUUUAUCUUCUGGUCUUGUCCGUGGUUGA